AUGGGCACUCGCGAUGACCAUGCGGCUGAGUACGGCGCUCGCGAGAGCGACGCUGUCGCAUCGCGCAUCGACGAGGAAGCCCAAUUGCUGCAGGUCGACGAGCUAGACUACGAAGAGCCGGAUUGGUCUCAUCAUCGGCGCCGGACUACCCGUCCACCACUUGUCAAGAAGAAGAAGGGAUUUCGGUUCUCGGGGCCGCAUCCGCCAAAGAUCCAGAAGAUCCGACCGUGGUUCCCGUCGGUUCAGCAGGCGCCCUGUCAACUCCUGGAGCGCGUGUGUCCCGAGAACUGGCAAAAGACUGUUCUGUUCGUGGUAUUCGUCCUCGUCUGGCUCGGCGCAUUUGUCGCACCCCUGAGGUGGGCACUCCCGGUCAAGGCCGGAGACGGAGACUUGGUCGUGAACCUCGACUGCAUCGACACCUUCUGGCGGCGCAAGAACCUCUGCGGCUUGGACGGCAUCGACUGCCGCCCCUUUUCCAACUUCUCCCUUGCGUUCCGGUGUCCCGCCAACUGCGCGGGCGUCAAGGUGCUGAACCCCCACGCGGUCGGCCCCCAAAAUGUCAACUACCGCCCUCUGGUCAUCGGCGAUGGGACGUACCGAGGCGAUAGCUUCAUCUGCGGCGCCGCGAUCCACGCCGGCAUAGUCAGCGACUCUGCAGGAGGCUGUGGGCGGGUCUCUCUGGUAGGCGAGCACGCCGACUUCCCAAGCACCGAGGCCAGCGGCAUCGAGUCCAUCGGCUUCGAUGCCCCUUUCCCUCUGGCUUUUACGUUCAGCAAAGAGGCAGCUGUGAGCUGCAGCCGGGACCCGCGGGAUCUGUCGCUCGGCGUCUCUGUCUUCUUCACGUCGGCUCUGUCCAUAUUCAUGACGGCCACAUGGCAGUUCUUCCCCAUCUUCACGGGGAUCUUUGCCCACGUCGGCUUCGUCUCCGACCCGCCCGGCGCAUCCUUCCACAGCACGUCCGUCCUGCCCGACCAUCUCUCCGCCUUCGCCGGGAGAUUCUUGCCAGCCGCCUUCUGCGCCGUGGUCCUGUACCUCGUGUGCGUCCGCAGGACCCUGGACGGCCUGGCGGCCCAGCUCGAGAAGACGGCCCUGUGGCUCGGCGGGUUCUGGUUCGGCGCGCUCUCCAACUACACCCUGGACUGGAUCCCGAUCCAGCGCCUGACGGCCCACGACCUCGAGCAGCAGCCCGGCGCCAAGGCGGCCCUGGCCGCGAUCCUGACCCUCCUCCUGCUCGUCGUCCUGCAGCAGGCCCGCUCCUUCUGGCUCGAGGGCCGCCUCCCGCGGAUGCUCGCGCUCUACGGCCUCCUCCUCGCCGGCCUCCUCCUCUGCCUCGCCGCCCCGGGCGUCCGCCUGCGCAUCCACCACUACGUCCUGGCCCUGCUCCUGCUGCCGGGCACGGCCCUGCAGACGCGGCCCUCGCUGCUCUACCAGGGCCUCCUGCUGGGCCUGUUCGCCAACGGCGUCGCGCGCUGGGGGUUCGCCCCCCUGCUGCAGACGCCGGCGGCCCUGCGCGGCGACGGCGCCUACGGCGCCCCGCUGCCCUCCGUCGCCGACGUGGCGGUGUCGGUCUCGGCGGGGCCCGCCGGAGGCGCGCGGGCCGUCGUCGGCUUCGACUGGUCCCGGCUCGUGUCCCCCGCGUUCGACGGCCUGAGCGUGCUCGUCAACGACGUGGAGCGCCACCGGGACGUCUUUGCCGACACUGCUGGCCAUGUCUUCAAUUACACAAAGGGCGGCGGCGGCGAUUCAUAUAAUGCAUACGUGCGGUUCGCGUAUAUCAAGGAUGGGCUGGCCCUGGACUACACCGAGGCGGGCACCUUCUAUGCAAACGGGACGUGGGGAGACGGGACCCGUAUAAGAACGUAG